CGCCAGCAAAUUAAGGCGCAGGGCUGCGAGCGCCCGGGCGCAGUGUCUGCGGCGCGGUGUCGCGCUCCCGCUCCCUGGCGUCCACCUCUUAUGCGUGGCGCUCCGCUGGUCUCCACCUCCCCGCAGCUUGGGCCGCUCCGGCUGUCCCCAGCGGGAGAAGGGAGGAAGGACGCGGAGGGGCUGCCGCGGGACCCCUGGGCUUUUUUUUCCGGCUUCCAGCCGCGCAGCCCGUGGUCCUACGGCGCGUCCCGGCGCUCGCGCAUCCGGCGGAGCCCGCCCUUGGUCUUCUCCCGCCCUCUCCCGCUCGUUCGAAGUCUCUGCGGCUCGAGGGCUUUGCGGUGGGGGAGCGGAGAGGCCAGCGUGGAGCUCUCAGGAGGUUGGGGCUGACUCAUCUGGAGUCCCCGGCUGCGCUGAUUGCACUCGGAAACUUUGCGCUGUGUCCCGAUCUUUGUCUCCCUUGGGGAAGCUGGACAGCAGUUCGGCAGGCCCCGUCCCUGGCCAGGACCACGUACUGGGGGCCAUGGAGUUCACGGCGUCGCCCAAGCCCCAGCUCUCCUCCCGGGCCAACGCCUUCUCCAUCGCCGCGCUCAUGUCCAGCGGCGGCUCCAAGGAGAAGGAGGCGGCGGAGAACACCAUCAAACCCCUGGAACAAUUUGUGGAGAAGUCAUCCUGCGCCCAGCCCCUCGGUGAGCUGACGAGCCUGGAUGCUCAUGCGGAGUUUGGUGGCAGCGGAGGAGGCAGCAGCCCGUCGUCCUCCUCGCUGUGCACGGAGCCACUCAUUCCCACCACCCCCAUCAUCCCCAGCGAGGAAAUGGCCAAAAUCGCCUGCAGCCUGGAGACCAAGGAGCUUUGGGACAAAUUCCACGAGCUGGGCACGGAGAUGAUCAUCACCAAGUCUGGCAGGAGGAUGUUUCCCACCAUCCGGGUGUCGUUUUCGGGCGUGGAUCCUGAGGCCAAAUACAUAGUGCUGAUGGACAUCGUGCCCGUAGACAACAAGAGAUACCGCUACGCCUACCACCGGUCCUCCUGGCUGGUGGCCGGCAAGGCCGACCCGCCACUGCCAGCCAGGCUGUAUGUACAUCCAGACUCUCCUUUUACUGGCGAGCAGCUACUCAAACAGAUGGUAUCUUUUGAAAAGGUGAAACUCACUAACAACGAGCUGGAUCAACAUGGCCACAUAAUUUUGAACUCAAUGCAUAAGUACCAGCCACGGGUACACAUCAUUAAGAAGAAAGACCACACGGCCUCUUUGCUUAAUCUGAAGUCUGAAGAAUUCAGAACGUUCAUCUUCCCAGAGACAGUUUUUACGGCUGUCACUGCCUAUCAGAAUCAACUGAUAACCAAGCUGAAAAUAGAUAGCAACCCUUUUGCCAAAGGAUUUCGGGAUUCCUCCAGGCUCACUGACAUUGAGAGGGAAAGUGUGGAGAGCCUGAUUCAAAAGCAUUCCUAUGCCCGCUCACCCAUCCGUACCUAUGGAGAAGAGGAUGUCCUGGGAGAUGAGGUUCAGACGACACAGGGCCGAGGGUCCGCCUUCACAACGUCGGAUAACCUGUCUCUCAGCUCCUGGGUCUCGUCUUCCCCCAGCUUUCCUGGAUUUCAGCACCCACAGCCCCUGACUGCCCUGGGCACCAGCACAGCAUCCAUAGCGACCCCCAUUCCGCACGCCAUCCAGGGCUCUCUGCCGCCGUACGGCCGGCUCGGGGUGCCCCUGGCCCCUUCGGCCAUCGCCGGCUCCAUGCAGAGCAGCGGCCCCGCCUUCCCGUCCUUCCACAUGCCGCGCUACCACCACUACUUCCAGCAGGGGCCCUACGCUGCCCUCCAGGGACUGCGCCAUUCCUCCGCGGUCAUGACGCCGUUCGUAUGA